CAGUAACUUUCUGUGCGGUGCAGUUACUUAGUGACAGAAACGUGUGUGAUCCGUUCAGUUUAAAUCCGUAUCAUGGGGCUGUUUUGUGCAUCAGACAAAAUGAAGAUGUUUAUUUGCGUGUUUGCUGCUCUGUUUGCUCUGAGUGCAGCAAACACACGCGACUCAGAUCAUAAAGCUCUCCUUCUCAGGCUGAAUCAGGAACUGCUUCGCUCCACCGAAAAUCAGGAGUCUCUUCCCAACCCGAGCGUUCACAUCGCGCUGCGCCUCUCCACACAGCACAACCUGAAGAAAGAGAGCCAGUACCUUAACCAGCUCAAGACCAAGUUCCAUACGGACAUUCAGAGCACCCUAAACAACGGGAAGCCUGUGGUGGGUCGCCUUGCCCUCUAUGUGAUGGCGUUGAAAUCUUCCUGCCAAGACAUGAGCAGUGUGUCUCUGUUGACGGGUGAGAAGAGCGAACCAUUGCUCACACACCUGAAGAAACAGAUGGAGUUAGAGAAGGACUACAUGGCAUUCAACCAUCGUCCCCUGACCAACUUCUACCAGUACUCUCUGGGCAUUCUGGCUCUGUGUGUAAGCGGAGUGAGAGUGAGCUCUCACGUCAGCCACAAGCUCACCCAUGCUGCCCUGCACACUCAUUUCAAACACGGUGACUCCGUAAGUGUGGACACCCUUGCGAUGGCAGGCAUGUCCCUGCAGUGUCUGAAAGAAGCUGCAACGCCGGUUAAAAACAAGGAGGAGCUGGAUCAGGCUCUGGCCACCAUCAAACAGAAGAUUAUAGACUCGCAGCGAGCUGAUGGACAUUUGGGAAAUGAGUUCAGCACUGGAUUGGCUGUGCAGGCUUUACUGGCAAUGGGCAGCAAUACAGAUAAGUGUGCUAUUCCUAUGAAGGCUAUGUGGUCUGAUGCCAGAAACGGUUCCUACCACAACGCCAUGGCAAUCUCUCAAAUCCUGCCUGCUCUCCAGCAACGCUCAUAUCUCCACCUGAAGAACAAGGAAUGUCUCAAUGAGGAUGACACUCUCGUUGUGGAUGCUGUUCCGGUUAUCCUGCCGACCCUGUCGUCUGUUCUUGUGCAGGUGGAGGUGGAGGUGGUGAAAGCAGACGGCACGUCCUUCAAUUAUCAGAUCAAAGUCCCCAGUGGCGCCUCACUGCUCGAGAGUCUCACGCUGCUUCAGCAACAUCAGGAGGACUUCAAGUUUGAGAAGGAGGACAGUCUGUGGGGGCCGUUCCUUAGCGUAGUAAACGGAGAACAGGCCCAACAGACCGACCGGAGGUACUGGCACAUUGCUUCAGAUGGACAAGGACUGAAUCAGGGCAUUAAGGACUAUAAGAUACAAGCAGCUCAAAAGAUCACCAUCAAGAACACCGCCUACUGAUCUGGGUCCAAAAUAAGACAAAGGGAUCUUUAACGAUAUAUAAUCGACUAGUAACUUUUUAUCUGUCAUAUUAAUGGAUGUUAUAUAAAACAUUUAGUUCUGAUCCACUAAUUGAAUAUUUGAUUGUUUAAGUUCUAUACAUAAAACUCUGAAUCUAGCGGUAGUUUGUUACACUGAAACCGUUACUACACUUACUUCAGGCUGCCAGCCAGUUACCUACUGUACCAUGCUAUACUACUUACUAUACAUUACUAUAGGAAAUAUAGCACUACUACAGCAAUACGCAACCCUUUCUCCAGCUACGGCUUCUUCUGGAACUAUUUUUGUUGACGGAGCAAAAAUGGCCGUAUUGUGGCAGGUACACAAGAAGUAUUUCUUGUUUACAAAACUGUUGUAUAAAAGCAACAUCGGACUCGCAGUCGUCCCGAAAACCUGCGGCCUACAGCCGAAUCACGUCCUUGCUGAUAUUCACUACAACAGAACGACUGCGAAUGUUAUGUUGCGUAGUUACAUAAUGUAACUUUUCCAUGUAACAACUUUACAUUUUUAUUUUACCUUUUUGUUUGUGGGGCAUAAAAUAGUCAGAUCAAAUCAGUAUUUUAAUAAAGUCUCUCAUUUACUAUUUCAAAAAA